AUGAGCUUGUUCGUUGGUAAUAUCUCAAAGAACGUCAGGAAAACCGACUUGGUGGAUGAGUUUGAGAAAUUCGGAAAGUGUGAUAUCAACCAUAAGGGAACCUAUGCUUUCAUUGAAUUCGAUAGUGAACGUGACGCUGAAGACGCAGUAACUGAACUCUAAGGAAAAGAUAUGGGAGGUCUUAAGAUCAAUAUUGAAUGGAGCAAGAAAUCUGGAAGAUUCAGUGCCAAAGAUAGCAAAAGACCCGCCAGAUAGGAGAGAUCAAGAGAUGAUCUUAAAUGCUUUAACUGCAAUAAAACUGGCCAUUUCGCCAGAGACUGCAGAUAAAGAAGAAGAUCAAGAAGUAGAUCUGGAGAUAGAAGAAGAGGCGGUAGAAGAGAUGAUCACGAUAGAAAUGAUAGAAAUGGAGGCCGCAGAAGAUCUAGCAGAUCAAGAUCCUCAUCUAGAGGAAAGUAUAGAGGAUCAAGAAGAAGCGGAGGCGAUAGAGAUAGGGAGAGAGAUAGAGGCAGCAGAAGACAUGGAUCAAGAUCUAAGUCAGCUGACUCAAGACCCCCAAAAAGAGCCUCCAGCAGCAGAAGCGAUGAUAGAAGAAGGACUAGAAGAAAUCAAAGCAACUCUCCAAGGAAUGAGAAAAACUAUAGUCCUAAAGCAAGUGCUUCAAGACAUAAGAGUGUUGAGAGAGACAAUGGUCCAGAUGACAGUUGA